AUGAAUAACCUUAAAGCAAUAACUUUUUUUCGGAGGUUCUUGAUUGUUCUUGUUUUAGUUUCGUUUUCAUGCUUAACAAGAGCACAAGAAGUUGAUGAUGAGAGCGAGUUUAGUUAUGAAGAAGAUAGCAAAACCGGUCCCGCGCACUGGGGAGAGAUUAAGCCAGAAUGGUGGAUGUGCAAUUCUGGCUCAAUGCAGUCUCCCAUUGAUCUGCUGAAUGACAGGGUUGAAGUUGUAUCUCACUUGGGGAGGCUUAAAAGGAAUUAUAAACCCUCCAAUGCCACCCUAAUUAACAGAGGUCAUGAUAUGAUGUUACGUUGGGAAGCUGGUGCAGGGAGUAUUCUGAUAAAUGGAACACUAUACCAACUUAAACAAUGUCAUUGGCAUUCACCUUCAGAACACACUCUCAAUGGCAGGAGGUUCGAUAUGGAGAUUCACUUGGUCCAUGAGAGCAUGGAUAAUAGGACUGCUGUGAUUGGCAUCAUGUACAAAAUUGGACGCCCUGACUCCUUCUUCUCCAUGAUGAAGCAAGAUUUGAAAGCUCUUGUUGAUACGCGUGAUGUUGAGAGAGCAGUGGGUAUUAUUGACCCAAAACUUAUUAAACUAGGCAGUAGAAAGUAUUACAGGUACAUUGGUUCACUUACAGUUCCUCCUUGUACUCAAGAUAUUAGUUGGACAAUUUUGAGAAAGGUAAGGACCGUUUCAAGAGAACAAGUAAAACUGAUUCGUGAAGCUGUAGAUGAUGACUCAGACACCAAUGCAAGACCAAUCCAACCAAUAAACCAGCCUUUCUUAACAAAGAGAAAACAAAACUAA